AAGGGCUUCCCGGGCCGCAACUCGCAUCUUGGGGAACAUUCCGCACUGCCGCGCGGGACCUAGCUCCGGACGCUGGGGGGAGGGCGGCCACGGGUGGAUCCGACUCCCGCCAUAUGAGACGCGGUAGCUGGCGGGCCGCGGCCACCGUAGUGCACGUUUGGCUUAAAGUUGAUUUAGAUUCGCCCUUUGGGCUAAUAACGAGAGCUUGCAUUGUGCAGCACAGCUGUCCAGUACAGGGAACACCAACCAGCUACGAGGUUUUGAACUUCCUAAACAAAACAACAAUGACCCUCUUUGGCCUGGGCACAGCUGUCUGACGGACAAAGCAAGCCAAGAGUACAGCCAUGUUUUCUGAACAGGCAGCUCAGAGGCCCCACACUCUGCUGUCUCCACCAACAGUCAACAAUGCCACCUUCGCCCGGGUGCCUGUGGCAACUUACACCAACUCCUCACAACCCUUCAGGUUGGGGGAGAGAAGUUUCAGUCGACAGUACGCCCACAUUUAUGCCACCCGCCUCAUCCAGAUGCGACCCUUCUUGGUGAGCCGGGCCCUGCAGCAUUGGGAAGCCAGAAAUCUGAAAUCAAGUUGUCAACAGGGUUGGUUCCUUCUGGAGACUCUAGGGGAGGAUCCUUCCUGCUUCUUCCAGCUUCUGGUGGAUACUUGGCAUCUUGGGCCCCACCACACCCACAGGCUUUGUCCCUCUGGCAGAUCCCCCUUCACUGUUGUGCUGAGGUCCAGGAGGUCUUUCCUUCCUGGUAAAGACAAGGGCCCAGGCCUACAGCACUCUGGCAGUGAAGUUGAAGUAAAGAAGCUGUGUGAGCUGCAGCAUGGGGAGAAGUGCUGUGUAGUGGGCACUCUGUUCAAGGCCAUGCCACUCCAGCCUUCCAUCCUGCGUGAGAUCAGCGAAGAGCACAACCUGCUCCCCCAGCCUCCUCGAAGCAAAUACAUCCACCCAGAUGAUGAGCUGGUCUUGGAAGAUGAAUUGCAGCGUAUCAAACUGAAAGGCACCAUUGAUGUGUCAAAGUUGGUCACAGGAACAGUCCUGGCAGUGUUUGGCUCCGUGAGAGAUGAUGGAAAGUUUCUGGUAGAGGACCACUGCUUUGCUGACCUUGCUCCACAGAAGCCUGCACCCCCUCUUGACACAGACAGGUUUGUGUUGCUCGUGUCUGGACUGGGCCUGGGUGGAGGCGGUGGCGAGAGUCUGCUGGGGACUCAACUGCUGGUAGAUGUGGUGACGGGGCAGCUCGGGGAUGAAGGAGAACAGUGCAGUGCUGCCCACGUCUCCCGGGUUAUUCUUGCCGGCAACCUCCUCAGCCACAGCACCCAAAGCAGAGAUUCUAUCAACAAGGCCAAGUAUCUCACCAAGAAAACCCAGGCAGCCAGUGUGGAAGCAGUCAAGAUGCUGGAUGAGAUCCUCCUGCAGUUGAGUGCCUCGGUGCCUGUGGACGUGAUGCCAGGUGAAUUUGAUCCAACCAACUAUACGCUCCCCCAGCAGCCCCUGCACCACUGCAUGUUCCCACUGGCCACUGCCUACUCCACACUGCAGCUGGUCACCAACCCCUACCAGGCCACCAUCGAUGGAGUCAGGUUCCUGGGGACAUCAGGACAGAAUGUGAAUGACAUUUUCCGAUACAGCAGUAUGGAAGACCAUUUGGAGAUUCUGGAGUGGACUCUGCGAGUCCGUCACAUCAGCCCCACAGCUCCUGACACCCUAGGUUGUUACCCCUUCUACAAAACUGACCCAUUCAUCUUUCUGGAAUGCCCUCAUGUCUACUUUUGCGGGAACACUCCCAGUUUUGGCUCCAAAAUCAUCCGAGGCCCUGAGGAUCAGAUGGUGCUAUUGGUGGCCGUUCCUGACUUCAGUGCCACCCAGACUGCCUGCCUGGUGAACCUGCGCAGCUUGGCUUGCCAACCUAUUAGCUUUGCUGGUUUUGGAGCAGAGGAUGAUGACCUUGGAGGCCUGGGAUUGGGCCCCUGAUUUAGAGGGGCAGCCUGAACCAGGCCAUUUGCCUUUGCAAUAUAAGCCUUGUAAAUAAAGCAUUUAUGUUUA